UUGAAAAUUGCAGUUAUCCAGGGCUGCCUCCAAAAAAAUGGCUCUUGGGGCUCAUGUGUUCUCAUCUCAUUAGAAAAAGGUGGAAGGAAGCAUGUAACCCAUUACCUCUGAGCUCUGGCCAGUUACUAAUCUCUUCCACACCUUCCUCAUACUCCCUGAUCUGCUCCACCAUCCAGCAAGCUCUAUUUCACUCUUUCCAUCCUCAUCCUCCCCCUUCCCUGAGCACUCUCCAAGCAGUUCCUUUAACCCAUCCUCCUCUAACCCACUCAUCCCUGCACCUUCUCUGAUAACUCCUGUGAGACUUGACUGCAGCUUCUCUUUCAUUUUCUCAUUUAUUCCCUUUUCGUUUAUUCCCUACUGGCCAGAAGACCAGGUUCUCAGCCCCUCCCAGCCCUCCACGUUCUGCUUGUGAGUCUCAGGAUCUUUUGGGAACGCAAAGCUUGGGAGAAAGGGCAUUGUCAGGGCAGCGCCUAUACCAGGACUUUGCUUUCCUAAUAGGCAUGUGCACAUAUUUUGCACAUGAUCAUACAUUUUAAGGCAGGAAGAUUUUUUCUGUGACACAGGGGCUCAGCACCAGGCGCCACACAGCAACAGCAUCACCAAUGAAACUGCUGCCAUUCCUAGUUUUGGUUUCCAGUCUGCUGGACUAUGGCUAUACUACAGGAAGCUGCAACAUGACAUGCCACAAAGAUGCACGGUGUGAAGUUCAGGGUGGGACACAAGGCUGCUAUUGCUCCCAAGGAUACACGGGAAAUGGCAUUACCUUCUGUUACGAUGAUAAUGAAUGUGAAAAUGCUACUCAGCCUUGUGGAGAGCAUGCCAAUUGCACAAACACUGUGGGAAGUUAUUUCUGCAUGUGUGCACCUGGUUUCAAAUCCAGCAAUGGUCAAAAAACUUUUGUACCUAAUGAUGGAACCUCCUGUGUAGAUGUAGACGAGUGCAGCAAUGAAGGAACUGUUGCCUGUGGAGAUCAUGCAAAAUGUGAAAACGUGGAUGGAGGGUUUAACUGCUCCUGUAAGGAAGGUUAUCAACCAUCCACAGGAAAAUUGCAGUUUAAGCCAAAUGAUGGCACUUCCUGCCAAGAAAAUCCAGAGGCCAAGUGUGAGUUAUACAAAGACUGUGUAACAGAACAUGUUAAUAAAACUUUAGCAGAAAUUAGACGUUUAAAAACACCCCUGGAGAUGCUGCAAGAAAUUAAUAGGAAUACUCUGGGACCACUUUUGCCUGUAGAUGUGAUUUCAUAUGUUGAAGCAUUAUCUUAUUCAUCACUCAAUACCAUGCAGUACUCAGUUCCUGACAAUGAAGCGCUCCGUAACACAACCAUUAACGUUUUGGUUAACACUGUGAACAAUUUUUUACAAAAAGAUAAAAUCACCAUCUGGGAAGAGCUUCCUGUUGAUAACCAAAGACAGAGCCUGACUAAGUUGCUGCAUACUGCAGAACAAGCAACACUUCUCGUGCUGCAAAACUUCAAAAAGACGACACAGCUAGAUGCUAAUGCAAGUGACAUAGCACUCAAGGUUUUUGUUUUUGAUUCUCACCACGUGAAACACAUUCACCCACAUGUAUACGCAGAAGGAGACUACAUAAAGAUCUCCCCAAAGAAGAAGGAAGAAUAUCAAUCCAACGGCACUGUUGCAGUUGUCUUUCUGCGGUAUAGCAAUAUUGGUUCUUUGCUUUCAUCGCCUAAAAACCGCUCCUCGAAAGAUAGUUCUGAGCAGAGACAGACAGUAAGCUCAUCAGUUAUAGCUGUUGCAAUUAGCUCAAAUCCACCUACGCUGUAUGAGCUCGAGAAAAUAACAUUUACAUUAAAGUACACCAAGACUGCAGAUAAAGAUAUUAAAUGUGCAUUUUGGAACUACUCAGCUGACACAAUGAAUGGCAACUGGGCUACAGAAGGCUGUGAGCUGACGCAUUCUAAUUCCACUCAUAUCUCAUGCAAAUGUAAUCAUCUGACUCAUUUUGCUGUUUUGAUGUCCUCAGGUGGCUCUGUUGGUGUUACAAAUUAUAACAUUCUUACAAGAAUCACUCAGCUAGGAAUAAUUAUUUCGUUGAUUUGCCUCUCCAUGUGCAUUUUUACAUUCUGGUUCUUCAGUGAAAUUCAAAGCACUAGAACAACAAUUCACAAAAACCUCUGCUGCAGCCUUUUCCUGGCAGAACUUAUUUUCCUGAUUGGAAUUAAUAUGAACAAUAAUAAGCUCGUCUGUUCAAUUACUGCUGGAUUACUCCAUUAUUUCCUUCUAGCUGCAUUUGCAUGGAUGUGCAUUGAAGGCAUUCACCUCUACCUUAUAGUUGUGGGAGUCAUCUAUAACAAGGGUUUCUUGCACAAGAAUUUCUAUGUCUUUGGCUAUGUAAGUCCAGCUGUGGUAGUUGGCAUCUCUGCUGCACUGGGAUACAAGUACUACGGCACCACAGAAGUAUGUUGGCUCAGCACAAAGAAUAACUUUAUAUGGAGUUUUAUAGGACCAGCAUGCCUAAUAAUUCUUGUUAAUUUGCUGGCUUUCGGAGUGAUUAUUUAUAAAGUAUUUCGACACACUGCAAUGUUAAAGCCAGAAGUUAGUUGUUAUGAAAAUAUAAGGUCCUGUGCCCGAGGUGCUCUCGCUCUCCUGUUCCUCCUUGGGGCUACCUGGAUCUUUGGGGUCCUCCAUGUCGUCCAGGGCUCCGUGGUUACAGCCUAUCUGUUUACAAUCUUCAAUGCAUUUCAGGGGAUGUUCAUCUUCAUCUUUCUUUGUGUGCUGUCCAGAAAGAUUCAAGAAGAGUAUUAUAGGUUGUUCAAAAAUGUUCCUUGUUGUUUCGGCUGCUUAAGAUAAAUAGAAGGAAAAUCUGCAUGAGCAUCUUGGUGGAAAAGGGGAGCAACCUAGAUCAUGUCAUUAUGGAUAUUACAGGAAAAAGCGGUAUUGUACAAGCAUGAAAUGACCCAGAGCAGGCAUAUUUCUUAAGUGAUUUACUGACUGUUUUUGUACAUAUGUGUGCAUUCAGGCAAAGCAUUUAUAUUAUGCUGUAUACAAACAGUAUAUGAAACAAACUGGAUUGUCACAGAAUAUAUAUUAACAAAGACCAAGGAAUAAGAAAAUUUCAAAACCAGCUCAGGACUUUUCAUGACUUAGGUUUUGUUUCUGGUAUUGGAAAUAUCUUCAGCUCUUGGAAGAGAAAUAUCAAGAACCAGCUAGCACAGCAGAUUUUAUUAAUUACUUGAUAGUGGAAUCAUACUCAUUGUCUGUCUGUAGUAAUGAGCUUCUUACAUUCAGUUGUGUAUGACCAUCUGCAGUGAAUGGGUUCUAUUAAAAAGUCAAUAGAUAAAGAUCUGCUUCAGCACAGACUUUUGAAAACAUUUCUUUUAAUUUAAAGUAGAUUUAAAAAGGAAUUUGUUUAAUAUUAUUCUCUUAUCACUCUGAAAUAUAUAUCUGUAUAUUAAUCAAUUCUUUAUUUUUAUAACUUUCAAAGAAUAGUUUAGAUCUAAAGGAACUGAGGUCAGAUCUGAUGCAAGAAUGGUAUCAGUAUGGAACAGCCAUUUCAUAAGUGAAAGUUUAUUUUGUGAAUACUUUGAAAAAGAUCUGGUUCUUGUUUUAUUUAAUUGCCAAAAAGACUGAGAUCUGCUAAACUGGCACUAUGAUCUGGGAGGCACUGGGAAGGAAAUACUUUAUGAAGUUUGUCACUUGGUAAGGACACGUGGAAUCCAAACCACAUAGGAUCAAAUGGAGGAUCAACUGAAAACUAGAGUGGUAGAAUUCACCUGUGCAGAAAAGUACAGAUUUAAAUUCAAGAUCAUGUGCCUCCAUGAAAUUGUAAUUACAGCAGUUUUCUCUAUUUGUAGCACCCUUGAGUCAACCAUUUCUCUUCCUCCAAUGCUCCUGAAUUUAGAACAUUUGUCCUGUGUUUAUCCUUUAGAGCAUACACAGAUCUGCUGAAAUCAGAGAGAAUUUGUUGUGGUGCAAGCUUUGCUGCAUCAGGGCAUAGAUGUGUUACAUCAGCAUCUCCAGCUGUGCCAUCAUGCUCAUGUUCUUUUUUAAAGUAUGCUUUAAUUUCAUCCUUUUAGCACCUAGUUAAUGUGAAGCACUGAGCCUCAUUCCACGUUGCCUUCUAAGGAAGUGUCUAGGAUCUCAGAAGAAGCCAUUUAUUUUUACCAGUCAGACACUGUAAAUAUGUAGUUGUUAAUAAAUCCCACUGUUGUUUUGUCUGUUAAAAUAAAGUACACUCUGAAUUUUAUUUAUAUUAAAGGAAUUCCUUUUUUACUAACGGUCAGAUUUGUUUGGAUUUUAUCUUUUUUUCCAUAUACACAAGGCUUUCAUUUUAUGUACAGCAAUGAUGUGCUUUAUUAUGUAUAUUCCAUGUCUCUGUCAAAAUUUUGGAAACCUCAAGAGGAAUCUCUUCUUUUCUGGAAAAAAAAAAAGUAUUUCAGAUGGUCCUUUGAAUGUAAAAUAUGUGAAUAAACUGAAAUGCUUAGCUUUCACAUUUUAACAUAUUUCCCUUCAUUUAAAUAAAUACAGUGGAAAAGUUCUCAUGGUUAUAUAUUAUUUGCCCUGAAUUAUUCGCUGUAUUUCCUUUGCUGCUCUGUAUGUUCCCCCAGGUUUGCAAAAAUGCAAAUAUUACUCAGCAGAGUCUUUUUAGAAGGAUAUCUAUUAAUG